CACUCUCGCUCUGUGCCUCGCGCGUCGUGCCCACGGCCGAGCAGAUCGAGCGGCUGCGACAGGCGCAGUAUCCGCCCUCGUCUCGCAAGCGCGCCAUUGCUGGCCUGACCAAGGCGCUCUCGAUCCACUCGAACGCGUCCAACGAGUCGUUGCGCUCUGUUACGACGGGCAAGACUCGCAGAAGCCGCAGCUCCACCAUGCCGUCGUACGCGUCGACGGCGCAGCUGCGCCCGACGCCCUCGGCGGCGGACCCGCUGGCCAGCGCCCUGGGUCCGCCGCCGGACGAGACGCCGGGCGAGCGUGCCGAACGUACGCGCGCGGAACAGGCGGCAAAGAAGCGCAGCGAGGAGAUCGACAAGACGCUCAAGGAGGACGCGAGCCGCAAACGCAGAGAGACGGCGGGCGAGCAGAAGAUGCUGCUGCUCGGCCAAGCGUCAAGCGGCAAGACCACGGUGCUGAAGCAGAUGCGCCUGCUGUACGACCCCGUGACGCACCGGCGCGAGCGCCGCAGCUGGCGUCUCGUCGUGUACCUCAACGUCAUCGUCGCCGUCAGCGUGCUAAUAGAGGUGUACGAGGAGCUGGCCAAUGCGCCGCGCCCGCUCACUUCCUCGUCGGAGAGCAACCACAACCUUAUGGGCGGCACGGCGAGCAUCCGCAGCGGCGAAAAGGGCGCUGGCGGCCGAAGCCGCAGUCCGGACGCAGGCAGCAUCAUCAGCGGCGCCACGAGCGCGACUAGCCGCGCAGCCGAUGCGGCCCUCGUGCGUGCCCGCCUGGCGCCGCUGCUCGAGCUACAGGAGAAGCUGCGUCAACAGCUGGGCGUGCUCGACGACAAGGCGCCCAUUGGCGACAGCCGUACUGUUCCGCCUGCUCGCGAGGCGCCUGCAAAGCGCAAGGGCCAAUCGACGCCCGUGCUCAUGCGCGCAGGCUGGCAGGACCGACUGCUAGGCCGCGCCGCACGCCCUUCUACGUCCGGCGACGGCGCCUCGAUCGCCACGUCGCGCUCUGCUGGCUCGCGCCUGCGUCGCCUCACCGUGUCGUCGAAGCGCCGCAGCACUGGCCACUCGGCGCCGCCCCCUGCUGCUGCGGCCGAGCCGGGCGAGGAGCCGUCAGGUGCCUCGUCGGACAUGGUGGAGCGCGAUGCGCGCGAGGAAGAGGUGGCGCAGAUGCUGGCCGCGCAAGUCGAGACCAUCGAGACCGUCUGGCGCGAGCGUCGCCUGCGCCGCAGCUCCAAGAUCGAGCAACGCGCUGAUGGCUGCUCAUACUUCCUGGACAACAUCGCGCGCAUCGCUGCGUCGGCAUACCUGCCCUCCGACGACGACAUUCUGCACUCGCGCGUGCGCACCGUCGGAAUUACGGAACAGCGAUUCGUCGUCGACCGCAGCACGACGUACAAGAUCUACGACUUAGGAGGUAGCCGGUCGCAACGCAAGGUCUGGGCGAGCUACUUUGACGAUGCACGCGCCAUCAUCUUCCUCGCGAACAUCGCCGCAUUCGAUCAGACGCUCGAUGAAGACAUGCGCGUGAAUCGCGUUGAUGAUAGUCUUGCAAUCUGGUCGGACGUCGUGAGCUCGCCACUGCUGGCGAGCGUCUCGCUGGUGCUCUUCCUCAACAAGAUGGACCUGCUGGAGCGCAAGCUGGCCGCCGGCGUGCGCGUGGGCAAGUAUUUUGGAGACUACAAGAGCACCUCCAAGACUACCACAGACGAUUUCGAGCAGGUAUGGAGAUACUUCCGCAGCCGCUUCCUGGCGGUGCUCGAGGCUUAUCGUGCCAUUGCUCCCUCGCGGCCCUGCUACGUGCACACCACCACCGCCACAUCAACCAGGCAGAUCAGCGCCAUCCUCGUCUCAGUGCAGGAUGCCAUCCUGCGCGAGAACCUCCAGGCCACGGGCAUGACUCUGUAGCGCCCAGUUCUCCGCCCAUCACACUCGACUCAAGCCGUCACGCACUACGUUACCCUCUUUCUCUCCACCGAUCCACGCGCACACCUAAUAGUCCAGCGUCACGUCAAUGUCAAAA